GGGCAGACAGCAGGCCCGAGUUUAUGCGAUCGAUCAGGCCGAGGCAGAACAACACCCAGGUACCAUGUCUGGGAUGCUUAUUCUUAAUGACAUUACUGUCUUUGCCUUAUUUGAUACGGGAGCAACUCAUACUUUUAUAUCACGACGAUGUCUCGAUGCCAUCGGAGUUCAUGUCAGUACCGCUGUCGAUCCUCUCGAGGUGAGUUUAGCCUCGGGACGAAAGAUAGUGACUUCAGCCAGAGCCACAGACCUCAGUCUUUCUAUCGGUGGUCGUGUAUUGUCUACCGAUGCUUAUGUUCUCGAGAUGAGGGAUUUUGACCUCAUACUCGGCAUGGAUUGGCUAACGCGUUUUCAUGCAGAUAUCCAAUGUCAUGACCGAGAAAUUUCCCUUUUCCUUCCGGGAGAUGAUCAGAUCACUUUCUUCAGCACUAAGACUCGCAACUGUCAGGGUUAUCUCGUCAGCCUUGUCGAUGAUUCUCCGAAGGCACGCUCACCUCAUGAUGUCCCUAUUGUUCGGGAGUUUGUGGACGUGUUUCCGGACGAGCUUCCAGGAGGACCGCCUAACCGGCAGGUGGAGUUCUCCAUUGAUCUUAUUCCAGGGGCCGGUCCAGUUUCUAAAGCACCCUACCGUAUAGCGCCGAAGGAGUUGCAGGAGCUUAAGGCGCAAAUUCAGGAGUUAUUACGACUCGGUUUCAUUCGACCGAGCGUGUCACCUUGGGGAGCAGCCGUUCUCUUUGUCAAGAAGAAGAACGGAUCCAUGCGCAUGUGUAUCGACUACCGGGAUCUGAACCGGUUGACGAUCAAGAAUAAGUAUCUGCUUCCCUGGAUCGACGAUUUAUUUGAUCAGCUGAGUGGAGCUUGUGUUUUCUCUAAGAUUGAUUUGAGAUCAGGCUACCACCAGCUGAAAAUCAAGGAGUCAGACAUUCCCAAGACGGCUUUCCGUACUCGUUACGGUCAUUACGAGUUCAUUGUCAUGCCAUUCGGCCUCAGCAAUGCCCCUGCAGUAUUCAUGGAUCUGAUGAACCGUAUUUUCCAUCCCUAUCUCGAUCAAUUUGUCAUUGUUUUCAUUGAUGAUAUCCUUAUCUACUCAAAGAGCCAGAAGGAACAUGAGGAGCAUCUUAGGGUUGUUCUUGAGACCCUUACACGAGAAAAGUUAUAUGCAAAAUUCUCCAAGUGCGAAUUCUGGCUCCGAAGAGUAGCUUUUCUUGGUCAUGUGAUUACGCAGGCAGGUAUUGAAGUGGAUCCUUCCAAGAUUGCAGCCGUUCAAAACUGGUCGACACCAAAGAGUCCGUCCGAGGUUCGCAGUUUUCUCGGUUUAGCUGGUUAUUACCGCAAAUUCAUUGAGGGCUUUUCCAAGAUUGCUCUUCCUUUAUGCCAGCUGACGAGAAAGUCUGUGGAGUUUGAGUGGAUUGAUCGUUGUGAAGCGAGCUUUCAAGAGCUCAAGAGAAGAUUGACUUCAGCACCGGUGUUGACUAUUCCUGAUCCUUCCCGGAGUUUCACCAUCUUUAGUGAUGCUUUGAGACAGGGUUUGGGAUGUGUCCUUAUGCAGGAUGGCCAGGUCGUCGCUUAUGCUUCACGCCAGCUCAAACCCCAUGAACAGAACUACCCAACGUACGACUUGGAGCUUGCCGCUGUUGUGCAUGCCCUUAAGAUUUGGCGACAUUAUCUGUACUGCGGUCGAUGCGAGAUUUUCAGCGAUCAUAGGAGCUUACAGUAUAUUUUCACUCAGAAGGAUCUCCACAUGAGGCAGCGCCGCUGGUUAGAGUUGGUCAAGGAUUAUGAUUGUACGAUUCAGUACCAUCCGGGAAAGGCGAAUGUUGUUGCUGAUGCCCUAAGCCGUAAGGUGAAGGGUGACCUGACGUACGUUGUUACUCA